AGCCGAAGAACAGGGGCACGGCGUCGGUUGUGAGACGCGCACCCCGCUGACGGCCCAACGCGAACGCCGGCCUUGCUCCGCCCCUGCCGUACGGACGCCCGCCACGGGGACGGACGCCUUCCCUGCCGGGCGCCUCCGAAAUGGCCUCGCCGGCGGGCCGCCCUGCGUAGCCAAGGACCAGGCGCCCGCCAUCCCGCCGGAGCCGGCGAUGGAUGACGGCCAGGAGCGGCGCCCGCGGCUCCAGGAGCUGUACGAUGUGGGCUGGAGGACGUUCGGCCGGCGCGGCGGCGGCGCGCCCUCGCGGGAGGAGGUGCUGGCCGUGCUGGGCGCCCUGCGGGAGGUGCCCAUUGAGGAGGUGGGCCUCCCCGGGCCCCUGGGCCGGCGCGGGCGGUCGGCCCGCUCCAUCACCUACCUCCCCGUGAAGGAGGACCGUCGCCUGCACCUGGGCGUGUUCUGCAUGCCUCCGCGCGCCACCAUCCCGCUGCACGACCACCCCGGGAUGACGGUCCUGUCGCGCGUGCUGUAUGGGCGCGUGCGCAUAACGUCGUACGACUGGGCGGAGGGGGCCGGCGGCGGGGCGGGCGGGGGCGCCGCUAGGCGGGUGGCUGACGAGGUGCUGUCCGGGCCCACCGGGACCAGCCUGCUGACGCCCGUGCACGCCAACGUGCACUCCCUGGAGGCGCUGACCGCCUGCGCGGUGCUGGACGUCUUGGCGCCACCCUACGCCCCCAGCAAGGGCCGGGACUGCACGUACUUUAGGGAGUGCCCCGGGGGGGACGCUGGGCAGGGGGACGUGCUGCUGGAGCCCUGCGAACCGCCGGCGGACUUCGAGGUGCAGAGGGGAGAGUAUCGGGGGGUGGUCAUCGAGGGCUGA